ACGCGCCUUCCCAACAAGUGCACAGCGCUCUACAUUGCCGCUCAGCACGGCCGUGCCGAGGUGGUGGGGCAGCUGGCGACUCACGGAGCGAACAUUGAGAACUCGGAUGGACGAGGGUGGACGCCGCUCAUGACUGCAUCCUGCAGGGGCCGUGCCGAAGCGAUCGAAGAGCUGCUCAAGCUCGGAGCGAGCAUCGACAAGCAGCAGGAGGAUCGGGAGACAGCGCUCUACGUCGCAUCUCAACGCGGCCAUCUCGACUGUGUGCGCGUGUUAUUGAACCGUGGGGCGGCCCUGGAGAUUCCGGACGUGAAGAGCUGGACGCCGCUCAUGGCGUCGAUCUACGGCAAACGGACGAGUGCCAUGGCGCUGCUGCUGGAGAAGGGGGCGGACAUGGUGACGGCGCUGCCCAAUCAAGCCACGGCGCCCUACCUUACGUGUGACGCAGGGGCUCUUGAGAUGGGGAGGCUACUGUUGGACCACGGCGCUAACAUCGAAGCCGUGGACUUCGAGCGCUGGACGUCGCUCAUGUCCACCGCCCAGUACGGACAACUUGAAGUGGCUCGAGUGCUGAUCAAGAACGGGGCGAACGUGAACGCAUCGAACAAGGAGGGAGUGACGCCCAUGGCUGUCGCGAGCGUGAACAAGCACUCGCAUGUGGCCUCGAUGCUGCGGAGUCACGGAGGGAGACCUAGGCCGGCGGCAGUCGUGAUGAUGAUGCGUAGCCGUCAUUUAGUACUGUGCUCGAAAGCAUCGCGUAGUAUCCAAAAAUAUCACUGUUACCUUAUUACUGCGUGA